UCUAUGUAUAGUGGAAAUAAAAAGAUUAUUUAAUAGGUCAUAUGUGUGAAGUCGUAGCACCCCGCAUUAGAAUGGACAUGUACGCAAUAUGGUAAAAGCAAACGCAGUCCUCUUUAUUCAUCUCCCUCUCCAUAACUUCAUUCUUAUCGAGACAGGAAAAACCAAGACACUUUUUCCGUAUCUCUUAUAACUAUUCUCGACAGAUCACUGCAUCUAUCUCUUCAGAUAAAUUAAAUGGGGACUGGUUCAUCCAAGAACCCGGAUACCAGCUCCCAUGGCAGCAAGGAUGACCAAGGCGGAGGACAACUCUACGUCUCUCUCAAAAUGGAAAAUUUCAAGCUCAAAGGCGAACUCGUCCCUCACAUCUAUGGCUCUGUCCCUCUCAUUGGCUCUUGGGAUUCUUCCAAAGCUCUUCCUUUGGAACGGGAAUCAACUUCUAUGUGGGAAUUGAGUUUCGUGGUUCCUCCUAAUCACGAGACAUUAGACUUCAAUUUCCUCUUGAAGCCAAAAUACAAUAACGCCCCCUGUACAGUGGAGGAAGGUCCCACUCGUCAUCUAACUGGUGGAACAUUGCAAGGAGAUGUGCGUUCAGCAAUUUUUAGGUUGGAUGACGAGGAGAUUAUUGAAUAUAGAGUGUUCAUUAAAGCAGAUAGAGUUUCACCAUUUGAUCUUGCAGCAAGCUGGAGAGCCUUUCAGGAAUACCGUAAGCCUUCUACUGUUCGAGGUAUACCAGAUGUUAGUAUGAACUCUACAGCCGAUACGGGCCCCGAGAAUGGCUCAUCAGCGAGUCUAGAGCUCGAUCUAGAACACUAUGUUGUCCCUGCUCCAGCAACCUCUGCUUUGGUUUAUGCGGCUAACUUGACAGCAACUCCUAGGUCACUAAAUCGCACCAAGGUAUUUUCAGGGACUGAUGGAUCUACCAGCAUGUCCAGUCCCUCAAAAGAUGGUCAUGCUCCAAAUGAUCGACCUGCUGCAGUAAAGGAUAUGGAAGUAAUAAUCCCAGAUCCAGCUAGAGUUCCUUCAAGUUCUGGCGUGGUUGAAUCCAAGUCUAUGGUAAAUUCUUCAUCAUUGCAAAAGCAAGAUAGCCACAGGGGACUCCUUGUAGAUAGGGGUGUGGGGUCUCCUAGACUAGUUAAAUCACCCAGUACAAGCACCUUCACUCUUGAUACGAAGCCUGACUCAGAUACCAAGAAUAUGAUGCCGGCAGCUGCAGGAGCUGUUGCAGCUGCAGCUAUAUCCGAUCAAAUGCUUGGACCAAAGGAAGACAGACAUCUUGCAAUCGUCCUGGUAGGCUUGCCGGCUCGUGGCAAAACUUUUACUGCUGCUAAACUUACUAGGUAUCUUCGAUGGUUAGGUCAUGACACCAAGCACUUUAAUGUUGGGAAGUAUCGGAGACUAAAGCACGGAACUAAUCAGUCUGCUGAUUUCUUCCGGGGUGACAAUCCAGAAGGCAUGGAGGCGCGUAAUGAGGUAGCAGCCCUUGCAAUGGAAGACAUGAUAGUAUGGAUGCAAGAAGGAGGUCAGGUAGGAAUAUUUGAUGCCACAAAUAGCACAAGGGGAAGAAGGAAUAUGCUUACGGAAAUGGCUGAGGGAAAAUGCAAGAUUAUUUUCUUGGAAACAAUUUGCAAUGAUCCUAAUAUAAUAGAAAGAAAUAUACGUCUAAAAGUUCAACAGAGCCCGGACUAUGCCGAAGUGCCUGAUUUUGAAGCUGGUUACAGAGACUUCAAGAGUCGCCUUGAUAAUUAUGAAAAAGUUUAUGAGCCUGUAGAGGAAGGAUCUUAUAUCAAAAUGAUUGAUAUGGUUAGUGGCCAUGGGGGACAAAUACAAGUGAAUAAUAUCAGUGGCUAUCUACCUGGGCGGAUUGUCUUCUUCUUGGUCAAUACACAUCUUACGCCUCGUCCAAUUUUGCUUACAAGGCAUGGAGAGAGCCUAGACAAUGUUAGAGGCAGAAUUGGUGGUGACACUGUAUUAAGUGAAGCUGGGGAGGUCUAUGCGAAGAAGCUUGCCAAAUUUGUUGAAAAACGACUGAAAAAUGAAAAGGCUGCUUCUAUAUGGACCAGCACACUGCAAAGAACAGUUUUGACAGCUAGUCCAAUUGCUGGAUUCCCCAAGAUACAAUGGCGAGCCCUUGAUGAAAUCAAUGCUGGUGUAUGUGAUGGAAUGACUUAUGAGGAAAUAAAGAAAAAUAUGCCUGAAGAAUACGAGUCACGUAAAAAUGACAAGCUGAGGUAUAGAUACCCCCGAGGCGAGUCUUACCUUGAUGUCAUACAGAGGUUGGAGCCAGUGAUUAUAGAGCUUGAAAGGCAGAGAGCACCCGUGGUAGUGAUAUCACAUCAGGCGGUAUUGAGGGCUUUGUAUGCUUAUUUUGCUGAUAGGCCUUUGAACGAAAUUCCACAUAUAGAGGCAACUUUCAAAUGACAUUUGUUUAAUAUACAACAAACCUAUACCUUCUGUAUACGGGUGAAAUCGGAGUUAAGGGCGCACCCUAUUUCCCGGUGUAUCAAACAGAGUAAGAGUAUAUGAGAUCGAAAUCGAAGCCAGGAACUUUUUGUAGCAAGGCCCAAACGGAAUGCUCGCCAUCGGACCUGAUAAUGCAACACCCCCUGAAUCCAGAAUGAGCUCCACGACUUUGGAAAACAUGGCAAACGAUUGCACACCACUAACAGAUGGCCGUGAUACCCGUACCCAACCGGAUAUCACGGUGCGGAUCUCGCCCGAUGUCGGUAGUGGAUUAGUAAUUAACGAGAAAGGAGGAUUUUUACCUUU